UUGGUGAUUCAGAUUCAAUUUAUUGCUUUGCUUUCCGUUAGUUUGUAAGAAUGUGGACGUCUUAACCUUAAAAUUACUAAAUAGGUUAGUGUUAUAUAUUGUGUUCAUUAGUAUUAUGGUUACAUUUUAAUUAUAUUAAAAUGUUCGUUCGUUUUGAAGAUGUUGUUCUUCCUGGAGAUGUGGUGACGGGCAUUGCUGGGCACGAUGAUAAGUCAAGAAUCGUAUUGGGUCCUGGUUUACGGAGGUGUGCAGAACAAGUAAUCGUUUGUGCGAGUGGAGUUUUAAAGAAAAAUAAUCGAACUUAUUAUGUGGACCUUCAUCAGAAACGUUACAUACCUGCAAGAGGAGAAGCUGUCGUAGGUAUUGUUACAAGUAAAGCCGGAGAUUUCUUCAAGGUUGACAUAGGUAGUAGUGAACAAGCUUCCUUGCACUAUCUUGGUUUCGAGGGAGCAACUAAGAAAAAUAGGCCCAAUAUAAAUGUUGGUGACACUCUGUAUGCAAUACUUCUUAGUGCCAGUAAGGACAUGGAACCAGAAUUAGUUUGCAUUGAUUCGACGGGCAAAAAAGGUAAAAUGGGUGUUUUGGAUCCCAAUGGAUUUAUAUUUAACUGCAGUUUGAACCUGAUCAGGAAAAUACUUCAUCCUGACUGCCCCUUAUUAAACUAUUUGGGUAAAGAGGUUUCUUAUGAAAUUGCAAUAGGAAUGAAUGGAAAGGUGUGGGUAAAUACAAAAAAUGUUAAGAGUACCAUAGCUGUUGCUAGUGCUAUAUUAGCCGCAGAAUAUUACCCACAUGAUGAAAUUUUACAAAACACUAAUGAUGUACUUAAUAAAUUACUUUUGUAAAUAAAACUUCACCUUUUAUAAUGUUAAAUCAA